CCCUCUCACCCCUCCCCAGCAUGGGGGGCCAAGGCUGGUGAUUGAGUGCCUUGAGUAUUUAAAGAGGAUCCUGGGAUUCUCUGCUUUAGCUGAACACACAGAGACCACCCAGGGAGGUUGCUUUUAGACUCUACUAAGAACCUUGAAGAUGCCAAACUGGGGUGGAGGAGCAAGUUGUGGGGCCUGUGGAAAAACAGUCUACCAUGCAGAGGAAAUCCAAUGCAAUGGGAGAAGUUUCCACAAGCCUUGUUUCCAAUGCAUGGCUUGCAGGAAAUCUCUGGACAGUACAACAGUAGCAGCUCAUGAAUCUGAGAUCUAUUGUAAAUCGUGCUAUGGGAGGAAAUACGGCCCCAAAGGAAUUGGAUUUGGACAAGGUGCCGGCUGCCUUAGUACUGAUACGGGGGAACAUCUUGGACUGCAGUUCCAACAAUCCCCAAAGACAGCUCGAUCAACUACCAGCAACCCUUCCAAAUUUACCCCAAAGUUUGGCGAAGUGGAGAAGUGCCCUCGCUGUGGUAAAUCAGUCUAUGCUGCUGAAAGAAUAAUGGGUGGUGGCAAACCAUGGCACAAGACUUGCUUCCGCUGUGCUAUCUGUGGGAAAAGCUUAGAAUCUACAAAUGUCACUGACAAAGAUGGAGAACUUUAUUGCAAAGUUUGUUAUGCCAAAAACUUUGGCCCCACAGGCAUUGGGUUUGGAGGUCAUACAAAACAAGUGGAGAGAAAAGAGUGAAGGAUGAUGAAUUCUGAGCAUUUGGGGACGACUUUUCCUGGCACAAAGUUUUGAUGAGCAACCACACAGAGAUGACACCUUUUCCCAGUAAUAGUCUUUGAAACUGGACAAGAUUUCUUUUCAGAACAGCUGUUGCACUAAGUGAUGCUAGGAAAAUCUUUGGAAGAAAAUUGAUUUCAGCCUAUUAUGUUACAAAUAACUUAAUUCUUGAGCAGCUUUUUGGAGUGAUAAAUAAAUGUUUAACUGGUGCCAGAGGAUGUCCUGGUACAUUUUUUUAAAUUGACUUUUUAAUGGGGAAUUAUUUUUCAAGAAAAUGUAGUACCACAUCUCCCUUAUAGUCAGUCUUAGGUGUCUGGCAAUCACAACCAUGGGAAGUGAAUGGGGAGUUUAGAAGUUACAGGGCUAAUAAAAUGAUUUCCUUGCACAUAGUAGGCAUUUAAUAAAUGCUUGUUGAAUUAAAUUAAAGAAAAACAGGUGGGAUAAGUGAAGAAAAUGGUCAACUAAGGAAAAACAGUAGAAGAUUCAGAUUAUUUUCCUAGCCUGCCAGCUUGGAGAAAAAUUCACAUAAGGAUGAAGAGAAGAUCAGGGGAAGAGGGAAGAGAGAAAAUACAGAUUCCGUUUUUAAGCAGAAAGUUAAAGGCAUGCUGUUGGUGGAAAGGAAAUAUUAAUCUCAUCUAUUAGCUUUUUAAUCCUGCAUGUUUCUUGAAAACUCAAAUGAUAAUAAAUUGUAGAUACUGUUUACUUCACAAACUA